AUGACAGAGAAAAUCGGUCUCAACGCCACUUGGGGAGACUUGGAUUCUCCCAACUCUUCCAGACUGGAGGAAAAUCCUUUGAUGACCCACCAGAACGUCACCUACGUUGAUUUCUACCUCCACAAGCCCCCCGUCGCUGCCGUCUUCACCGUCUCCUACCUCCUCAUUUUCCUCGUUUGCAUGGUGGGCAAUGGCGUGGUGUGUUUCAUCGUGCUGCGCAGCAAAAACAUGCGCACCGUCACCAACCUCUUCAUCCUCAACCUCGCCAUCAGCGACCUGCUGGUUGGCAUCUUCUGCAUGCCGACAACACUGGUGGAUAACAUCAUAACAGGAUGGCCAUUCGGGAGUGUCCUCUGUAAGCUAAGUGGAAUGGUGCAGGGAAUAUCGGUGUCAGCGUCCGUGUUCACUUUAGUGGCAAUAGCUGUUGACAGGUUUCGCUGCAUCGUCUACCCUUUCAAGCAGAAGCUGACCAUCGCUACCUCAAAACUGAUCAUUAUUAUCAUAUGGGUCUUGGCCGUGUCCAUCAUGUGUCCCUCGGGGGUCAUGCUCCAAGUCACCAAGGAGCAGAGAGUGAGAAUCGUCCUGGGCCGCAACAACGAGACCCGGCCUUUCUACUGGUGCCGGGAAAACUGGCCCAAUCAGGAAAUGAGAAAAAUCUACACCACCGUCCUCUUCACCAACAUUUACCUGGCUCCUCUCAGCCUUAUUGUCAUCAUGUAUGCGCGCAUUGGCGCCACGCUCUUCAAGACCCCGAUUCCUCCAUCGAGGGGAAGCCGAAGCGGUUCCAGGGAUGGCAGCGAGAAAAACAAGCUGAGCAUGGAGAGUCGUCACACCAUUUCACGGAAGAAGAAGCGCGUGAUCAUGAUGCUGCUGGUCGUGGCUCUGCUCUUCAUCCUGUCCUGGCUGCCUCUGUGGACGCUGAUGAUGCUGAGCGACUACGCCAGCCUCACAGAGCACCAGUACCGGGUCAUCAACAUCUACGUUUACCCCUUCGCCCACUGGCUGGCCUUCUUCAACAGCAGCGUCAACCCCAUCAUCUACGGGUUCUUCAACGAGAACUUCCGCAGGGGCUUCCAGGCGGCGUUCAAGUUCCAGCUGUGCUCCGCCGACAUCGUGCAGCAGAGGAGCUACUCCCAUCGGAUCAGGGGGAACGCCGUGCUCCCGGUCCAGCCCGUCCCCCUCGGCGGAUCCGACUCCCGCCUCAGAUCGCCACCAGAGAGAAACGGCCUGUGCUUGUGUCAGGAGGGGGAACGCUCGGAUCGCAAACACGACGUCAAGGAACAGGGUCUGGCCUUGGAGAACUUGGAGAAGGUGUCACACAUUUAG